AUGGGAGAAGAGUUGCAAGAAAAUUGGAUUAUUUUUUAUAUUUAUGUAGCAUACAUUCAGUUCCCGGUGGGGAUGGACAGUGAUGACCUGAGGGAUGGCAGAAGAGUUACAGGACCUAGCAUGGAAGUGCCACAUUUCUACAAGACUCACCAGUGUCCUUACUGCACUUACAAUACAAAAUUUACCACAAGUUUAAGAAAUCACAUGCGAACUCAUACUGGAGAGAAGCCAUAUUCAUGCCCCUACUGUUCCUUUUGCUCUGCUACAAAGGAUAGACUGAAAUCUCAUAUUCGUACCCACACUGGAGAGAAACCCUAUGCAUGUUCAUAUUGUCCACAUCGUUCGUCAAGGAAAGACUCUUUGAAAAAUCACAUGUUAACUCAUCAACUUCAGUAA